GAAGAAUUUCCGGAAUGAUACAAUUCGGAUGGUAAGCCAGCUAAUAUAUUCGAAACUAUGUGUCAGUAUUUACAAGAAAUAUUUACAAUGCUUCAAUAUUUACAAAUAAAGAUUUACACAUUACUCUUCAACCUUUGCCUCUGACACAGACGUUAUGCCGAGUUUAGUAAUACGUUAUCUAAGGUACAGUACGGACAUAAUGGCAGAGCAAAGGAAUACCGAAAAGCAAAGCAGUUCGGAAAAUAUCGGAGAAACUAAGACAAAUAUAUUAAUACAGCAAUUAGUGCCUAAGGAAAUAAACGGGGAUACUUCUCAUCUGACACAUUUGCAGACUGAAGAAAAUGAAGAGAAUAACAACGUAAGAUACGCUACAAGAUGUAAGGGUAUGACACAGCGGAGGCAACGUUGUUGGAUAUGGCAAUAUUGUAAUAAAUUACACAGUAGUUAUAAUAAAAGUAGAAAGAGAGAGUGCAAUAUUUGUCAUAAAGUCUGCCACAACAAUAAAGACAUGAAAGUGCAUUUAUAUCGUUAUCAUGAAAUAUAUAAUAACGAAGACGUUAUUGACCGAAGCAACUUGAUAUGGCAAUAUUACACAGAGGAAAUGAAAUACACUGCGAGAUGUAAGAUUUGUGACAAAUUGCUUUCGGGUGGAUAUAGGAAAUAUAAUUUAGAAGACCACUUAAUACGUAGACAUCUACCGACAAUAACAAAGGCAAUAUUACAACAAGUUGAAUAUACAUGGGCAUUGCAAUAUUUCAUGAUAGACACUUUGAAUUCUAAAAAGAUAAAAUGCAAAAUUUGCGAUAAAAUGCAUAAUAUCUUUCAAAUAGAUAACUUACAGGAACACUUAUUGCUUCAUGGUAUAAAAGAAACAACUGAAAAACGUACUAAAGAGAUUAAUGUGGAUAUAACAACAAAUCAGGAUUGGUUAUUACCCAACUCUGCAAUAAAUCAAUCAAUAGCUGAAAAAAAGAACAUAAGUAUCUCAUUAGAUUGAUAUCCACAAGCUAAAGAAAAGAAAAUGAGAGUGAUAGAUACGCCUUAAAAUAAUAAGAUGUGGAUAUAAUGUUAAAGCAAAGGAAUGUGCAACAUAAUUGGAUUUGGAAAUAUUCUGCAGUAAAACAGAAAAUAAGAUAAAAUAUUUAUCAUAAAGUUUGCUAUAGUUAUAUACAAACAAAAGUACACUCAUUUCAUAUUUAUGACAUAUUUAAUGACAAAGACGUUGGUGACCAAAUAGCUUAAUAUAGCAAUUUUUUUAGAAAAGGAAAAAUACGUUGAUAUAAAUAAGAUUUUUGAUAAAUUGCUUUUGAAGCAAUAAUAUGCAUCUGGCUGCAUAUAUUAAAUAAUAUAAAGCAAUACUUAAAAGUAAUUAAAUAAGUAAAAUAUACAAAAUGGAAAAUAAAGUAUAAGAUUUAUGAUUUCAAAAUGACUUCAAUUAUUUAAAAAGUGAGCAAUAAACGUAUUAUCUUAAUACGUUUAGAGGAAUAUAAUUGGCCUAAUUAAUAAUUAGAUUAAGAAUCUAAGAUUGACCGCCGAGCGAUAAGUUAAAAUCUGAUUCACACAAGAAAAAUCCGAUAGAGAGCGAACUCAGUUCUUACAAAUACUGUUUCCAUCGGUAUAAAUUACACACAACCGUCCAUUCACAGUGGGAUACGAUGAUUAAGGCCAAUCGUGAUCGUAGACUGUGACAGCGAUCGCGCCAAAGAACACGGAAAGAACGUGAUUAUAUACUAAUUAUUAUACUCACGUGACAUUUUGUACACCAUUAUUCCCGAAAUAGAUUCUAAGGCUAAUUAUAUUUUAAGAAAACAAGGAUAAUUACAAUCGCAUGUGGAUUAAUUGUUUCGUUAAUAAAAGUGUUUCUUUCCUAAGAAAAA